AAAUUAGAAUAUAAUAGAUAUAUUUUAGUAUUUCUAUUAUUUUAUUUUUAAAAUUUUAUUUUUAUUUUUGUAUUUAUAUAUUUUUUUAAAAAAAAUUACUCUCAUGCAACCAUCCGUGACCGCAAAUGUUAGCUGAAACCAACUUUUGAAUUUAAGAGGGUUAGAACGAUUUGAAACGGUUUAGAGCAGUUUGAGUGAUUGUUUCAAAAUGCGAACAACCGCAAAAAUUGCGUUUGCGGGGUGGUAGCAGGAAAACCAAUCAUGCCUUAAAAAAAACAAACACCCAAGGUAUUUUUCUAAUCACGGAGAUAAACUUCAUAAUUUUAUAGAAAAUGAUUAAUGUCCUAUAAGACAUUUAUUAAAUAGAAUAAGUAUUUUAUAAAAAAACAAAACAUCGUUUUGCUGUAACAUCCGUUAUUUUUGCCCUUUAUCAAAAAAAACAUCCGUUAAUUUGGUUUGGUACAAUGUAUCCCGAGAGAAGAUAGGACUUCAGAGUUUUAUGUCUCAUCAAUUUCCAAAUUCUUGGAACACGAGAAAAAAAGUAAACGAAAAGUCAUUUUGACAGUUCCUAUGGAGUAUCUCCCUAUCUAUAUAACUCUCCAUUAAGUCAAGUAGAAUACAGAUAUGCCAACAAGGUCCAACAAGGACAUUUUCGUGCGUGGAUUUGCAAAGGCUUUGGAAGAAAAAUGGCAAGUCGAUGUACAACUAAAAGCAAGGGACAGUGAUGAGGAUGUAUCCAUCUUUGCACAAAAACUUGUCCUGGUCUCAUCUUCGCAAACUUGUCCUGGUCUCAUCUGUUGAGUUCAAGUCGUUCGCAAACAGAAAUACAGAUCUUACUGUUGAAAUAAUAAGGGCUUAUAUGGCGCGCAGAAAUAUAUAUUAUUGAUAAUGGAGUAACCACAUUGUAGCUUUUUACAUAAACCACAACUUUAAUAUAGUCAUCUAUCAAUAUAUAUAUAUAUAUAUAUAUAAAGUCAUCUAUUUGUGUACUUUAAAGUUACCUUUUUCUCAAUUUUUUAUUUAUUUAUGGUGUAAAAAACUUUCUAAUAUACAUACCAUAAAAUUGCUGAAGGAGAAAAAAGUUCGAACAAACGUUUCCUUCCAAUACAUAUUUAGUAUAAACCUUUCUAAAGUCUGGUAUAAAAAAAUAAUCAAUUAUAAAAUUUAAAAUUGACAAACAUUACAAAAUUAACUUGUAUUAUCAAAAUUAACAUUCUAUAAAAAUACAAAAUAAAUCAACGAAAAUACUUAUUUUGAAAACAAGGAUCGUUUCAGACUCUCAGCAUAAUGUAUUGAAGUUAGACUUUUAAAGUUGUCUCUUCUUCAUUCCCUAAGUAUCGGAUACUACAAGGAAUUAAAAGGAAAGAUAAAUAAUACUUACUUGUUUUCAAAGGAAAGAAUCAUCAAUUUUCUCGCUUUCAAACACAAAAGGAAAGAAUCAUCACUUUGUUCACUAUAUAACUAAAUGAAAUUUCAAGUGAUAUCAAUAUCAUCGUUAUGGCAAAACAGAGCAACCUAAACAUUUUCUUAGAUGGGUUUGCACAUAUCUUAGAAGAACAAUGGCAAGUUGAUGUGCUGCUCAAGGCAGGAGACAGCCAUCCAGAUGCAGCAAUCUCGGCCCACAAACUUGUUCUGGCUGCAAGAUCAAAGGUCUUUAAGAAGAUGCUGGAGGAGGAUGAGUGCAAGACUUCGUCUGAGAAAGAGAUAAUCACUCUCUCUGAGAUGAAACACGAAGAGCUAAAGGCUUUGGUAGAGUUCAUAUACAGUGAUGGCUCAACGCCUUGUGCAGGGCAUGCUCGAUCACUUUAUCUAGCAGCGGAUAAAUAUGAGAUCCCGCAUCUACGAGACCUGACCAGAAACGAACUUAUAUCUUCUCUGAACGCAUCUAAUGCUCUUGACGUUUAUGAGCUUGCCCAAAUCCCUUUCGAUGACGCACUAAACAAUGCUGCCUUAAGCUGUAUCCGAAUGAAUAUAGCUACAAUUGCUUACUCUGAUGAGCUCAAGCUGUUUGCAGAGAGUAACCCAAAUCUUACAGUGGAGAUAAUGAAGGCCUGUGUUGAACAGAGUAGAAUCAGAAACUACACUUUUUGCAUUCUUGAGUAGAAGCAUGUGUUGGGGCCAAAAUUGCUUUAAAAUUUUAAGGGGCCAAUACUUAAUCAGUGUAAAAACGUCUAUAGCUCUAUUGAUAAUUGUAUUUGUGUGCAUGUUUAAGAACAUAGGUUCAAAUCUGUGUGUAUAUAUUUUUGAAAGCUAAUAGUUAAUGUGCCAAACAAAAAUUUAUGCUUGAGGGCCUAAAAUAUUCAGGCACGGCCUUGACUGUUGAUUACCAAUAAUGUAGUUUUCCUUCUUUUACUACACAAAUCCGUUCAUUUUUUUAUGGGAUUGUACUUAUUUAUUGUU